CGGGCGCUGCUCUGGGAGUGGAGUCAGAGUCGGGGCCAAGGCGGGGGUGGGGCGGUGGGCUCCCGGCCGGGUUGCGGGCGCCACGCGCCCCCUGUGUGCCAGGUGUGAAGCAGGGUAUGGAAGCAUCCCACCUGCGAGACUGAGGCUGGCGGCGGCUGCGGCCCCGGGACCUGGGAAAGCUGUCUGGCUGGGAGGCAGGGCAGGUUUCUCUGGCCUGAAGAAGCUCAGCAAAUGUGGUUGUCCUGUGCCCAGCCCACGUGUGAGCGAGCAGCUGCGGGUAGCGGUGGUGGAGGCUAGGUCCUCCCGUGAGCAUCUAACUUGCCCCCGGUUCCUGUGGCUCCGCAGAAUUGAUGUUGUCGUCCUGUUAUUCCCAUUUGAAAGUUGACUUGUCCAAGUAGUAGCAGACCUGGGAUUCCAAAGUCCCAAGCACCGAACUCUGUGCGUUUCUGGGGUACCACUGGCACCGAGAGCCAGUCCACAGACCUGUGCCUCACUGACUGUUCCGGGUCGUCUGAGGAAUCUUUUAAAAUACAUAUUCUUGAACUCUAUCCCUGCAGGCUCUCUAUUCCCCUCUGUUACAGAGCCCUGAGAAUGCAGCCUGCUCACAAGGUGCCUGCUUUGCCCACAGGCUAAGUACCUGGCCCAGAUCAUUGUGAUGGGGGUGCAGGUGGUGGGCAGGGCCUUUGCCCGGGCCUUGCGGCAGGAAUUUGCAGCCAGCCGGGCAGCAGCUGAUGCCCGGGGACGUGCUGGACACCAGUCUGCAGCUGCGUCCAACCUCUCUGGCCUCAGUCUUCAGGAGGCACAGCAGAUUCUCAACAUCUCCAAGCUGAGCCCUGAGGAGGUACAGAAGAACUAUGAACACUUGUUUAAGGUGAAUGACAAAUCUGUGGGUGGCUCCUUCUACUUGCAGUCAAAGGUGGUCCGUGCAAAGGAGCGCCUGGAUGAGGAGCUCAGAAUCCAGGCCCAGGAAGACAGAGAGAAAGGGCAGAAGCCCAGAACGUGACUACUCGGCUCUCCCCACCUCACCCUGCCACCUCUAAUUUAUAGCUUGGUAAUAAACGUCUGUUCCGCA